AUCCAGCCCUCUGGGACAGCAGUGUAUGUUUUGGGGGUGGCUUUGUAUGCAGAACAUCACCGGACACCAACGAGAGGGACGCUGUCAGUUGUUCUCCGUGUGUGUCUGUAGUGAAACCAGACCGACCUCUGAUGCCUGCGCCACACGCACUCCUCCAUCUGCUGCCCAGGAGCCUCAACCCCUCUGAGAGUGUUUGAUUGUGUGUGAGAGAUUUGGAGAGCCGGUUCCCAGCAGUCAGGAGGCUGCGAUGUUGAACUAUUGGGAUUUAAACUUUCUGACAGCGAUGGAGUGGAGCCAGGGGACGGGGAGUUAAGACUCUUGAUUGACUGGAGAGUCCCAGAGGAGGAUUCCAUUUAGCUCCACUAAAAACCACCCACAUUUUCCGUACUUCCGCGCCUGGACUUAGUCCACGAGCUUGCGUGGUGUGUGUGUGUGUGAGCAGCCCAUGUGGGCGUUGAGGGAUGCAGAUCUGAGGAAGCUCCACACCCCAAUGCCCACUGCGAUGCUGCCGUGCCCUUCGCAGGCCGGGUCUGACUGGAGCUUCCAGAACCCGGUGGGGGUUGACUGCAGCUCCCCUGAGCCUCGCUGCAUCUGGCUGGCGGUGCUCCGCAGUGCCACGGGUUCAGUUCCACCGCCCACGCCGCCCAUCAUGUCCAUUGGGCACAGCCAGAGCUCUCACCAUCCCAGGGGUAAGGGGCGGAGGGAUGGUCUCUCAUCAGCCGGUGACAACCCUCGGCCGCCGAUGGCGACCCGGCCGGGAAGGGAGGGGGUCGGCGUGGAAUGGAAGGGUCCCCGGACGCUGGUCCUCCAUAAGAACUCCUUGGGUUUUGGUUUCACGCUACGCCACUUCAUCGUUUACCCUCCAGAGUCGGCUCUGCACACCAACCAGAAGGAUGAGGAGAAUGGUAACGGAAAGGGGUAUCAGAAAGGCCGAUUGGAGCCAAUGGACACCAUAUUUGUGAAGAGCGUGAGGGAAAAAGGGCCGGCCCAUCAGGCGGGCUUGUGCACAGGGGAUCGCCUGGUGAAAGUGAACGGAGAGAGUGUUCUGGGAAAGACGUACUCGCAGGUGAUAGCCCUCAUUCAGAACAGUGAAAGUGUGUUGGAGCUCUCCAUUAUGCCAAAGGAUGAAGACGUGCUUCAGUUGGCAUACUCCCAGGAUGCCUACCUGACAGGCAACGAACCCUACACAGGGGGAGCCGAGUACCUCCCACCACCGCCUCCCCUCUGUUACCCACACACCAAGGCUACGACCCCUGCUGGAGCCCCGGCAUCUAGCUCCAUGGGCCAGAACCAGCUGGAUAACUGGAGUCGCUGGCCAGGCUCUUCCAGCCCCUCUUCACCCCUGGACAACCGCUCCGCUGUGGGCAGCCCCGCCAGCUGGCAGGAAGGACGGGCAGGAGAGCCGGGCGGUGUGGGUCAUAGCAGCCCGGCCCACCGCACAGAGGAGAUCCAGUACGGUAUGACCAGCCAGCAACCUCAGGGCCAGACCAGGGGGCGCUCCUUCUCUUCCUCUUCCUCAUCAGGAGGACCUUUAUCCAGCCCUCUGCAAGUCCACUACUCGAACCACCACACUGCCAACUCCUCUCAGGCUCAGCCACGCAAGUCCAACUCAGCCUGGACAAGUCCCCCCCUGCCCCAGCUCAGCCAUGGUCGCACUGAGCGCUGCCAGCAGGCCCUCACCGACUGGUACUACAACCAGGUACCUGAGCGCCCAGGACGCAGCAUGCAGACCCGCCACCGCAGCUACUCUCAGGACCGGCUCAGUGAUUCAAGGAGGCAGCAGCAGCGGUCGGGUGGGUGGCCGCACAGCGCCUCCCAGGACACUCUGAUGUUACUACAGCAGUCAGGACCGGGACCCCAGGGAGAACCCUACUGGUCUUAUGGAGACUGGGAGGGGGGCCCAGGUAGGGGCCCAACUGCUACUAACUACACCCGAACACGCUCUGAAAACCUGCUAGCCCAGUACGAUCGCCACGGCCGCUCGUUAGAGAUGCUGGACCGACCAGCAGCUGGACUGGUCUCCCCUCAUUUUGAGAGGCCCUCAUGGCCUCAGCAAGCUCCCCAGCCGCCCCCCAGGACUGACGCCCAGCUGAGGCAGGGGAGCCAUUACGGUGCAGCACAAGCUCCUCCGAUGACCCGACACACACAGUCGCAUUCGAAACACACCCAGGCCCACUCCCAGCCUCAGUCCCAGCAGUCGGCCCUCCAGAGCAGGCGGCUCCCCGCUGGGCAGAGUAUGGACGACCAGCCGGUGGGCUACCGUAGCUACAGCCCCUCUUUUUACCGCAAGACAGGCCGCAUCCUGCAGCAAGCGCACUCUUUCAGGGACCCUUCGUACUCCGGCCCUCACAUGAACUGGAACCCAACGCCUAAAACCAGCCCCCCAGAGGGCACAACGGCACCCCUCGCGGCCUCUGCCGCGUCCCCCCCUGCCACCGCCACACCCGAAUCCCAGGACAAAGCGUACAGGCCAACAAACCACGAGAGGGAACGAGUGGCAGUGGAGGGGCAGGCGGAGGUGGUGGCACAAACCCAGGAAGUGGUGCUGAGGCAGAAACCUCCCACCGGGCGAAGGAACGCCCACGGCAUGCGCCACCCUCACUACGCGCUGCCCAUGGACGGGCUAGAACCCUCUUUGUUUUCUCCUGAUCCCCAGGACACAGCUCCGGCCUCUGGUUCCAGGGGAGAUGUAGCACCACGCAAACCAAACGGCAACCUCGCCUCCCUCCCCAUAGAGGAUGACUCCCUGGCCUCGAUCCCCUUCAUAGAUGAGCCGACCAGCCCAGGUGCUGAUUUGCACGCUCGCCAUGUGCCGGCGUCCUCCGUGGUAUCCAGCGGCAUGAACUCGGCGCCCGCCGUGGCCACCGGCCCCGCCUCCCCCACCUUCACCUUCCCCCUCACUAGGCUCUUCUCACAGGACUGCAGCAGUAUUAAAUCCGGUCGCCGUUCCUCCUAUCUUCUAGCCAUCACCACCGAGCGCUCCAAGUCGUGUGACGAAGGACUCAACACGUUCAGAGAGGAAGGCCGAGUCUUCUCGAGGCUACCAAAGAGAGUGAAGAGUUUCUUCACAGACGGGUCCCUGGACAACCUCGGCACAGCAGAAGAGGUUCGAUCUAAACGCCACUCCACCUCAGAGCUGGGAAACAUUACGUACAGCGAUGUGCGACGAGAAUCAUGGCUGCACUUCAAACAAAUCCUCACAGAGAAGGGCAAGAAGGUGGGCAGCGGCAUGCGUCCGUGGAAGCGAGUCUUUUCGGUGCUUCGCUCCCAUUCGCUGUUCCUCUACAAGGACAAGAGGGAAGCGGUGCUCCGCGGGGCCACGAUCGGAGGUGCGGCCGAGGACGAGCAGCCAAUCAGCAUCCGGGGCUGCCUGGUGGACAUCGCGUACAGUGAGACCAAGCGGAAGCACGCCCUGCGGCUGACCACGCAGGACUUCUGUGAGUACCUGCUUCAGGCCGAGGACCGGGAGGACAUGCUAGACUGGAUAAAGGUCAUCAGGGAGAACAGCAAGACGGACAGCGAGGAGCUCGGUUUAUCCAGACAGGCCCUCAUCAAUAAGAAACUGAAUGAUUACAGGAAGCAGAGUCCAACAGGCAGCAAGCCCGACUCCUCCCCCAGGAUGUCCCGCAUGAAGCCUCCCUUCCUGCUUGCCAAGACGGAAAGCGGUGCGGGGGCACCACGCUCCACCAAAUCCGAGGGCAAAGAUGAGAGCGGUCCUCCGAAGUCUCCGUGGGGAAUCAACAUCAUGAAGAAGACAAAGAAGGCCGGGCCUAAAGCUUUCGGCGUGAGGUUGGAGGAUUGUCAGCCGGGUGUGAAUAACAAGUUCAUCCCGUUGAUCGUGGAGAUCUGCUGCGGUCUGGUGGAGGACAUGGGUCUGGAGUACACGGGAAUCUACCGAGUCCCCGGGAACAACGCCAUGGUGUCGGCGCUUCAGGAUCAGCUCAACAAGGGAUGCGAGAUCAUCCCCACGGAGGAGAAGUGGCAAGACCUCAAUGUAGUCAGCAGUUUACUCAAAUCCUUCUUCAGGAAACUUCCAGAGCCGCUCUUCACCAACGACAAAUACAACGACUUCAUCGACGCCAACCGGAUGGAUAGUACAUCAGACAGACUGAAGACCAUGAAGAAACUGAUCCGAGACCUUCCAGAUUACUAUUACCACACUCUGAAGUUCCUGGUUGUUCACCUGAAGACUGUCGCCGACACCUCAGAUAAAAAUAAGAUGGAGCCCCGUAACCUGGCUCUGGUGUUCGGGCCGACUCUGGUUCGGACAUCUGAAGACAACAUGAAAGAUAUGGUCACGCACAUGCCUGACCGCUACAAGAUAGUAGAGACGCUCAUCCAUCAUUGCAACUGGUUUUUUCGUGAAGAGCAAGACAAGGAUGAAAAGACGCCGGUGGACACGGAGGACGUGCAGCCCGCCCCCAACAUCGACCACCUGCUGUCCAACAUUGGUAGGACCGCGCUGCUCGGGGAGGCCUCAGACUCAACCAACAGUGACUCAGCGAAAUCAAAGGGCUCUUGGGGGUCAAAGAAAGACCUCACACCCAAAGACUUCCUGACCCUGUCCAUCAUGUCGGCUGUUACGGGCCGCAAACGCAGGAAGCGCCAGAACGCCCGCCGCGUGGGCAGCAGCACCGACGACGACUCUGAGCACGAGCCAAUCAAAGCCGGACAUUUAGGGCCAGAGGAGGAAGAGGAGGCAAUGUCGCCCGUGGGAGACACUGCUCCUCGAGCAGAGGGAGAGGAGGACGAGGAUGAAGAAGAAGAAGAAGAAGAAGAGGAGGAAGAGGAAGAAGAUGAGGAAGUUGUUGAAAGCGGAGUGAAAGAAGAGGUAGAAGAGGAGGUGGUAGCGGUUAUUCCCGGUCGGCCGUGCUGUAAAGAUGAAGAGGAGGCAGGAGGAAGGCAGGCAGCCGUGUUGCUGCACGAGGAGGAGGCGCGGGCAGAGGUGAAGGGGCCGCCGUGGAGAGCGCCAGACGAUGCCCGCUCUAUUGUCUCUGGUUACUCCACCCUCUCCACGUUAGGCCGUAGCCUGGGCUCAGAGGGCCGGGGGGAUGAUGCCGAUGACGAAAACAGCGAGCUGGUGAGUGAGACGGACAAUGAGAGCGGCUUUGCGUCGCGCUCCCUCACCCAGGAGAGACCCGACAAACACACGACGACACCUGUGAACACACAGCCGCCAGCAGCCCCGCGCAGCUUCCUCUACUCGCACUACAAACCCCCCGUUCUCUCUCCCACAAACCUGCUCGCCACGCCCACAGCGCUCGCGCACACACCGGACUCCGCGGACAGGAGUGAAGGGGGGGCGCGGUCCACCACGCCCUCGUCCUGCUCCUUCUCCUCCUCCUCCACAACUCACAGACUGCACUCGCGGCCUUCCUUCAACUCCCACAAGCUGAUCCAGUGCGACACUCUGGCCAGGAAGAAGCUGAAGUCCGAGAAGGGCAAGGCUCGCUCUCUGGACCUGUUGGAGCUGUCCGGGGCUGUGGCUGACGGCGACGGGGCCGGUUCUGGGUCAGACGGUGCGUCCAGAGUGAGGGCCUCAAGAACCAACCCCUCCUCGGGCAGCAGCCAGGAGAGCCUACGCCUGCCCCGGCCCAAGCCCUCUCUGCCGCCCAGCGAGGCCGCCUCCUUCACCCCGACCGGCCCCGGCAGCAGGUCUCUAGCGGAGCAGGUCCGCGCUCGUCUGCUGGGCUCGGCCGACGACCUGCGCCGGGUGGGGCUGCGAAAACCGCUGUCACCAGAAACGCGGAGGAAGAGACGUGCCUGGCGCAGACACACCGUGGUGGCCUCCCCAACUGAGAUCUCUGACAAGAGACCCCAACUGACUGUCAGUGACUUCCCCCUGUCUCCCAUCACUCAGAACCAGGUCAAAACACCAGGGCUGCCUCGGGAUGCAGACGGGCUCGACCAAGGACCGGCUACACGUCAAGCACCCACCUCUAGAUUCCACCAGUAUCUGUGAGCCCUGCCAGCUGACCCCACACUUCACUUCCAGAAAACCAGGCUUCUGUACGGGGGUCCAGGCCGAGCCGCCGACUCCCUGCAGGUCAGUAGACCGGCAUCAGCGUGAACAGGGUCGGGGGGUUAGUUGCCAGGUACCAAUAACCAGGUCUUUAAGAGCAGCCCACUCUUUUCUUUUUGAUGAGCUCCAUUUGCAUGGCAAGGGGUUUUCCAGUGUUGCCAAAGCUUCUUUUUUUUUUCUUCUUUUUUUUUAACGUGUGCUUUUAUAGAAAUAAUAAACAAAACAGGACAGAGACAUAAACAGACCUCAUCGCAAUCAAUGUUACAGCCGAGAAUUCUCCUUUUGAGUAAUAGCCGAGCAUCCUUCUCUGCCUCCCCCGCUCGCAUAAGUUAAAGGGUCGAAUCCCUUCAAGUGACCAGAGACGGACGCUGAAACUUUGGGGUUUAACGGUAACUCGGACGACGUUUCUCUGUCGGCCCCACACACACUUCUGAUUAGAAAACGUUAUUGGUCAGUUUAAAACGAUUUCAAGAGAGCGCGACUGAUUUUUCACAUCAGUCUUUGCAAUGUGUUCCUCCUCAGACCACAGACACUGUACUCGCUCAUUCAUACGCCGUGGGUUACAGACACACAGCGUACAGUUGUCUCUCUCUACUUGUUAAUAAUGUUUAUGUGUGUGUUUGCGCAACAAUAUUUGUGACCAUGUCUGAGCGUGCAGGUGUUUGUGUUGAACAAUUUUGUAACAUUUGUACAAAGCCUUGUUAAGUUAACCUUGUAAAUAUAAAUAUUAUGUUAUCAUAUUUGUUUUUCCUUUUUUUAGUUCCUUUUUUUAUGGUUUACAAAAGUCAUUUUUGUUCAAGAUGUUACUUGAAAUGUUUCCCUUAAUAUAUAUAUUUUUUGUUUUAUAUUCAAUAUAUAUAUUAUAUAUAUUUUGUAUUAAAGUAAAAAAACAAAAGUACUUUUAUUGUUAUUUCAUCUGGGUGUACCUGUUCACAGGAGACGAGAUAAACCUGCUCCUUAUUUCCUCAUAGACGGCCUUCCUCUCUGAUUCUCAGCACUGUGCAGAAAAACCUUUAUCUCAUGAGAUACACUCUUAUAAAUAAGUAUCUUCGGUGAUUGUACUUCCAACAAUGUUGCAUCAACAUGUACACAAACUAUCGAACAAAUACAUGUAGCGAGAGAUGAAAUCUGGUCAUUAUUCCGUUACGUUGGGCCGUUUGCAGGCAGCUCAGCGCCACGCCAUGAUGGCUGAACUCCUUUGUUUGGUUCUUCGUGUCUGGGAUUACUGAGCGAUGCCUCUCCAGAUCUCUGCUCAUAUUUACUGAGCUCAAGUCGACGUGCGUCCCGCCUUGUAAAAGAGAAGCCUGGCGGUGUUUAACAGACUGUUAAAAAUAUUGUGUAGCGCAUACAAACGGAUGCAUUUUAACCUCAGUCUGUGGUGAUCUUUGUGUUUUUCAUCACAUCCCCUCCGAGGGUUCAUCUGUCUGCAUGUUUAUGACCUCGGGGGUGACACGAGGAGGAGUUUUCCAUAAGGUCAGGCUCUAAUAAAUCCUAACUGACUGGGGAAAUGUUACAGUAAAGGAGACGAAUGGGAAUGAAUCUAUUGUUUUCAUCUCUCGUCUUGAUUUGCCAUCACAACAUAACACAAACAGGAGGUUUGACUUCCUCAGUCACGAGACUUGUUUUCAUCUGACCGAGUGACCCCGUGAAAAACAUAAUAAUAAUAAUAAUAAUAAUAAUAAUAAAUGAUAAGUUAUAGUCUUGUCUUACCUCAAGAUUUGUUACAAGUGCCUGAUUUCUGGAAUGUGUUUUUGUUCUGCAGUGCCAAGUUCGGUUCUUAUCUUUCCGUUUCCUUUUGUUGUUUCUGGGUCUCCGCCCUUCUCUCCUGUGGUUGACGGUAUAACUAAGGCACUGACCCAAAGAUGUGUACAUUUAAUACAAGCAGUCGAACUGAAACAAUUUUUGUAAAACACACUUUAAGCCAAGGACAUGUCUAUGCACUCUCUUUGCCUUCAACACAGGGCAUUAACAGCUGUUACCGACGCUCCUAAGAGGCAUAGUGCUCUCUCUGCCUAGUGAUCCACAGUGUGUGAAUAUGGUACACCUAUCGAGCCCUGCUCUCCGCUGGCAUUAGGUCAUGUCAGACGACAUCCAAUCUCUCACAGAUGAACUAACUGCCGAUGACUUCAUCAAAAAGGAAAACUCAACAAGUUGGCGUGCUGUCUGAAAUUUCUUACCUUAUGUUUCAUUGUUGUAUUUUAAAGUCGUUUUGUACAUACUUUCUUAAUAUGUAACAUAUUGUAUUGUGUACAUUUGGAAUUGCUUUUUUGGAGUAUAACUAAUAUGAAAAUGACUGGACUUAAAGGUCGUCCACCUGAAACCAUUUCCCUCGUGGAUGUGUGCUUUAAAGCAAGGUUAUAUGAUGUAAAUAAACAGAACUAUGUUUAAAACUCA